CCUCCGCUGCCCUUUCCUCCACGGCGCCGCCUGACAGGAGGCGACAUGGCCCCGCGCAAGAACCCUAAAGGCGGCAGCCCCGCACCUGGAGCCCGGCGAGAAACAAAGCACGGAAAUAAGAAUGGCAAGAAAGAGGGCGUUUCUGGAAGUUCGUUUUUUACGUGGUUUAUGGUAAUUGCGCUGCUGGGAGUAUGGACAUCAGUUGCAGUGGUUUGGUUUGAACUUGUAGAUUACGAGGAAGUCCUAGGAAAGCUUGGGAUCUAUGACGCUGAUGGGGAUGGUGAUUUUGAUGUGGACGAUGCCAAGAUUUUGCUAGGCAAGUACACACUUGUAAAAUUUUAUCCUCAGUAUUGCCUGACCAAAGAUGGCAAUAAUGAAAAUAUUGAUUCACUUGAGGAAGUCCUUAAUAUUUUAGCAGAGGAAAGUUCUGAUUGGUUUUAUGGCUUCCUCUCAUUUCUCUAUGAUGUAAUGACUCCUUUUGAAAUAAUAGAAGAAGAAGAGAGCGAAACAGCAGAUGAUGUUGAUGCAAAAGAGAUCAAAGAACCUGCAAGGAAAGAGAAGCAAGAAUUAAAGAAGGAAAGCAAAGAUGAAGAAAAGAAGAAAUUGAAGAGAAAAGUUGAUGACUUGGACAAAAAGGAUAAAAAAGCUGCUGACAAAGCCAAGAAAGAUAAAAAAGCUGAAAAGGAAAGAUCUGGGCCAGACAAAAGUGUCAAAAAUAAAGGAACAGCAAAGGAAUUACGACUCAAAGAAAGAUCUGUCCUUGAACACACAACACCAGGAGAUGCGGAAGAGGUGAUUCAGCAGCCUGCAGAUCAGCCACACAUUAGAGCAGAACACAGGAGUGCUGAACCAGAACCUGAAGAUGAAAUCCAGUCUCUGCUGCGUGAAGCUCUCAACUCACAACUUGGAGAAACAGAUGACGAACAUGAAGAAACACAGUUUCAGCAGGAGGAGAAUAAUGAAAUACCAGAAGAUACUUUCGAAGUUCCUGAGGCAGAGGAGGACUAUGAAAGGGAAUUUGAAGAUAAAAUGCCUGACAUAUUAGCAAUCCCAGAAUCCUACCAGGAAGAACCUACUAGUGACCAUGAAGUACGAGAACCAGAACUGGAUGAACCUCAUGGUACUCAUGAAUACGACACAGAUGUAGAAGAAAAUACAUAUGAACCAGUUGAACCAGUAGAACCAGAUGCUAGAGAACUAACUCUGGAAGAUGCUCUUGUGCAUGAAACAGAAGCAUUUUCAGAAGAUGAAGAACAGCAAGAUUAUGUGGAUGAACAUGAAGUGGAAAGUGAAGAUUAUGUUGAAACUCAGGACACAGAUGGAGAACCUGUAACUGAACAUUAUUAUGAAGUCUUAGAAGAAGAAACUUUACAAGAUGAAGCAGAUGCUGUAGAGACUACUACUGAACAUUCUGAGUCAGAUGAGAGAGAACACGAAAAAGACCAUGUGGAUGAUCAACCUCAUGAGACAGGGCAAGGUGAAAAAGAAGCUCAACAGAAAGAAAAAGCUAAGAAGAAGAAACCUAAAUUGUUCAAUAAAUUUGAUAAAGGCAUUAAAGCAGAGCUUGAAGCUGCAGAGAAGCUGCGUAAAAAGGGUAAAGCAGAAGAUGCUCUGAAGGCAUUUGAAACAUUAGUAAACACAUAUCCCCAAAGUCCUCGGGCAAGAUACGGCAAAGCACAGAGUGAGGAUGACUUGGCUGAGAAGAUGAGAAGCAACGAAAUGCUGCAGAGAGCCGUCAGCACCUAUGGAGAGGUUGCUAGCCUACCCAGUGUCCCUGAUGAUCUGGUCAAACUGACUCUGAAACGACGGGCAGACAGGCAGCAGUUUCUUGGUCGCAUGAGAGGUUCACUGGUAACUCUACAAAAACUAGUCAGUCUAUUUCCUAAUGAUACUUCAUUCAAGAACAACCUUGGAGUGGGUUACCUUUUGAUUGGAGACAACAGCAAUGCCAAAAAAGUUUAUGAGGAGGUUUUGAACCUUGCUCCAAAUGAUGGCUUUGCUAAGGUGCAUUAUGGCUUCAUUCUGAAAGCAGAGAACAAGAUUGCAGAAAGCAUUCCUUAUUUGAAAGAAGGUCUGGAAUCAGGAGAUCCUGGCACAGAUGAUGGACGCUUUUACUUUCAUCUAGGGGAUGCCAUGCAGCGUGUUGGAAACAAAGAGGCAUACAAAUGGUAUGAACUCGGCCACCAACGGGGUCACUUUGCUUCCGUCUGGCAGCGUUCUCUAUACAAUGUCAAGGGCAUAAAAGCUCAGCCAUGGUGGGCAGCAAAAGAAACAGGUUACACAGAAUUGGUCAAGUCCCUAGAAAGAAACUGGAAAGUGAUUCGGGAUGAAGGGCUUGCUGUGAUGGAUAAAGGGAAAGGACUCUUCCUCCCUGAAGAUGAGAACUUGCGGGAGAAAGGGGACUGGAGCCAGUUCACCCUGUGGCAGCAAGGAAGAAAAAAUGACAACGCCUGUAAGAGUGUUCCCAAAACAUGUGCAUUAUUGGAACGGUUCCCAGAAGCCACUGGAUGCCGAAGAGGGCAGAUCAAGUAUUCUGUUAUGCAUCCAGGGACUCAUGUCUGGCCUCACACAGGGCCUACUAAUUGUAGGCUGAGGAUGCAUUUAGGUCUGGUGAUUCCAAAAGAAGGCUGCAGGAUUCGGUGUGCUGAAGAAACCAGGAGCUGGGAAGAAGGGAAGGUCCUCAUCUUUGAUGACUCCUUUGAACAUGAAGUUUGGCAGGGCGCCAGUACUUAUCGUCUAAUAUUCAUUGUGGAUGUCUGGCAUCCAGAGUUAACAGCACAGCAGCGACGCACCCUUCCAGCCAUUUGAAGGAGCCGUUUUCCAG